AAGCAUAUGCAUAAUCAAAUUUUUGGCUGUUUAUAUUUCUCUGUGCAAAACAAAAAAUUUUACAAAUUUAAUAUUCAGAAAGAAGCUACUGAUGAUAAUAUUUCAUAUAAGUAGGAUAUUACCUAAAAAGGACAUAUAGAAUAAAUUUUCAAAAAUCUAUUAUGGGGGAGUCGAAACAGUCAUAUCCAAGAAUAUAUAAUAAAAUAGUAUUGACUUUAGAAAAUAGUUUACUACCUGAGGAAAAAUUGGAAGAAACCCCAUCUGGAUUAGAUGGGUUGGACAAAGAGACAGAAAAAGAUUUAAGAAUUUUGGGAUGCGAAUUAAUACAAUCAGCUGGUAUCUUACUACGACUUCCACAAGUAGCAAUGGCUACUGGUCAAAUAUUAUUUCAACGCUUUUAUUACUCAAAAAGUUUUGUACGACAUAAUAUGGAAACAGCAGCAAUGAGUUCUCUUUGUUUGGCAUCGAAAAUUGAAGAGGCUCCCCGUCGAAUCAGGGAUGUUAUUAAUGUGAUUCAUCACAUCAAACAAGUUCGAGCCCAAAAAGAUAUUUUACCAAUGAUACUUGAUGAAACAUAUACUAAUAUGAAGAAUCAGGUCAUUAAAGCUGAACGACGAAUUCUAAAAGAAUUAGGAUUUUGCGUUCAUGUUAAACAUCCCCAUAAAUUAAUUGUGAUGUACUUACAAGUUCUUGGUUAUGAAAAGCAUAAAGAUCUUAUGCAAAUGGCAUGGAAUUACAUGAAUGAUUCACUUCGUACAGAUGUUUUCAUGAGAUAUCAACCCGAAACAAUAGCUUGUGCAUGUAUUUAUUUAACAGCAAGGCGACUUGACAUUCCAUUGCCCAACAAUCCACCUUGGUUUGGAAUUUUUAAAGUUAGUGAGAGUGACAUAAUUGAUAUUUGUUACCGUGUUGAAGAACUUUAUAAGAGACAAAAGCCUAAUGUUGAAAAAUUAAACGAAGUUGUUGAUAAAUUAAAAAAAAAGUACAUGGAAUCAAGAAACAAAACAAAAGAACAAAAUACACCACCUGCUGUAACAACUGUUGAUCGUAACAAUGGAUCCCACAAUGCUUGGGGUGGUUUUAUUCAAAGAGCUUUACCAUUACCAACACAAACAGAAACUAAAACUAAAUUAAAACAUUCAAAAUCAAAAACUCCAGAAUCAAGAUCAGGAAGUCGUUCAAGGUCAAGGUCCCGUUCAAGAUCCAAAUCUAAAUCAGCUUCAGUUUCCGAUGAUUACAAACGUUCAUUCAAAAAAUCUCGAAACAAGAAAAAAUCAAGACACUAUUCAAGAUCUUUAUCACCAUCAUCAUCACCGCAUUCUAAGCAACGCAACAGAUCCCGUAUUUUUAGAGAACGAGAUCAAGUGAGUGGUGCUAAAGAAAGAGAAAAGGAAUUUAGACGCAAAGGAAAAGAAUUUCGCUCUUCAAAACAUGAAAGUUAUUCAUCGAGUAGAAGUAGUCAUCACAGCGGCAAACAUAGAGAUCGGUCUAGAGAUAGAAAGCGUUGAUUUUAUACUUUAUGUCAACAAUAGUAUACACAAGUGUAUUUUAAAAUGUAAUAAUUAUAAAAAAGCAUUGUUUGUAAGUAUGUAGGUAUAACGUUUUGCGUUAACUAAAACAAUAAUAUAGAUUUAUAUUUUACUAGUUAGGUAGGUAGGUAAGAACCUGCAUACCAACUUUUAAAAACAAAAUUUCUUAAUGCUUAUUUAAGAACAAUGUGUUCUUUACUAUUACAAGAUGGAAACAUUUAUUUUUUAAAAUUAAAUAAAAAUGCAGCAAAAAUAUAAUGUA